AUGGUUUCCUUGACCUACUUGAUCACCCUUCUCUCUGUCCUCGUCGCCGUUUCUCGUGCCGAAGAGGUGACUACCGUCAAGAAUGAAAACGUGGAUGCCAAAUGGCGGGGCGGAUAUUUCGGAUUCAACAGCAUGUAUAACAUGAACAGCUGGUCCGCCUACAGCGGUUUGUCGAUGCAGCUCAUGGGUGGUUCGUGGCUCAACAACUGGGCCGGAAUGCUCCCCGGCUGCUCUGGAGGACUCCUCUUCCCGUCGAGCUGGGUCAUGAACGGAUUCUUUGCCAAGGCCGCCGAAGAGGCUCACAGCGUCAGCCGCCGGGCCAUCACCCUCGAUGCCGAACAGCUCUUCCGUCGGGACCAGGUCGCCGACAGCGCAACCUGUCUUAACAACAAGGGAGUCCAUGAGGUUUACUCUAAAACCGACUGUAAAAAUGCUGCCAAGAUCUUACAUGAGAAAAAUGUCCACACUGCUUCCAGUGGAAACUGCCAAUUGUCUCUCUACACUGCCAAGGAGAAAGUUUAUGCCAAACAACUCCCGGACCAAAUGCUCAUGAAAGCCGCCGACCGCCUGUUGAGUACUUGCGGCGAAAAAGCAAGCCAAGCUAGCUCUAAACAAUCGCACCCCGAGGACAACCAGGUCGCCAUGCUCCUCUCCAGACCGUCUCACAAGUAA